ACAAGCGUGAGCCACCGCGCCCGGCCAUACCUUUUAAUUUCUAUUAGCAACAAAUGUAGAAACAGUUCUCCUAUUGUAAAAUCAGUAAUAUUUUCAGAAAUUAGUCUGUAGACCUUAGGAAGGACUAUUAUGAUCAGUUAGUGAUAGCUCAUGUUUGAACCUUGACAAAUUGUGAAUUGGGGAAUGUUCCUGGGCAGUCAGUCAUAUAGCAAUGGAAAAGAAAAAAAAAGAUCAGGUUAAGUUGGGCUCUUUGCCUGCCUUUAAUUUGUGUUCUAAAAAAUGGGGAUGAUAGUUUUUCAGAGUGUACUCACAUAUGAUUCAUGUGAUUCUGUUUCCCUCAUUGUGUGUAAGCAAAGGCAUUGCAUAAUGAAAUAAUUGCUGAUAUUAAAUUCAGGAUUCUUAUUUAUGUAAUUUACCUUUUUACAACAUUCAAUGUAAUCCUUUUAGCCAAAUUUUUUCUUAAAAAUUUCAAAUCUUAUAUAUCAAUAUAUACUUGUAUAACUGCUCUAAGUAUACACACACACAGAUAUGGUUUAUUAUAGGAUGUAAGUAGAUAUAAAAUUUUGAUUUGGAAUAUAGUUUAUAUGAUAUAUUCUGUAUGAGAGCCAAAGUUACUGACAUUGUUUUAUGAAGGUGUCUUUAAAAGCAAGGUCCCCUUGUUUUGUUUCCAUUGUAACCUGAUUUUAAGCUAUAUAUUUGGUGUAUUGAAAUACUGGAAUAUGUUUAUCUGCGUAUAUCCAAUUAGUUCACUCAUUUCUCCUUAUGCUAUCAUCUCUCAUAUUCUUAAGUACCCCUGUCUUAGUAGCCUAGACAGUUAUUUAACUUCCUUUAUAGAAAAUAUAAUUAAUUAUAUCAGCAAUUCAUAUCUCAGUUUCAAAGGUAAUAUAAGAACUUUAUAUUUGACUUUUUACUUUUAUGGGCGUCCCUCUCCAUAAAUAGUGCAUAGUAAGUUCUAUUGUGAUGAAGAUAAUAACAAAUAUUUUAAGGAAACUUAAAAUACAGAUCUUAGUCUUGUUCUCAUUUAAUUUCAUUGACUAUUCUGCUUGCCAUUUUCUUAUUCUCAAUUAAUAAAUUAAUCACACUUAAUUUAUUAAUCUGAUACUUUAAAACUAUGGCUAUAUCCUAACAAAUUAAUAUUUAGCUAUUUUUCAAUUUCAACUUGUUUUUUGCAUGCUAGGGAUUAAAAAAAUAAGUUCUCUUCCCUAACUAAAGCUCCUUUGAAAUUAUUUUAACAUAACUCUGCAAUCUGUUGUAUGUAUUGUUUUCUUUUCUUCCACUUUGACCACAAAUUCCCUCAGGUCUCCGCUGGUUCAUCCUCCAAGCCAUGGAUGCCGCUCGACUCACAACAGCCCAAUUCACACUGCUACUGGCUCACGACUUACUCAGAACUUCUCUGUGUCUGUUCCCACUCUCAUCUAUACUGGAUUCCCUUCAAUGAAGAUCCCAAUCCCAAUACUCACUCAUCAGGACCCUCAACCCCUCUGAAAAACCAAACCUAUUCCUUUUCACCUUCCAAGUCCUACAGUCGACAGUCCUCUUCUUCUGACACAGAUUUGAGUUUGACACCCAAAACUGGAAUGGGAAGUGGUAGUGCUGGAAAAGAAGGGGGGCCCUUUAAAGCUCUUUUAAGACAACAGACUCAAUCAGCGUUGGAACAGAGGGGAGGAUCGCCUCAUAGGUUCUGUAGAAGGCGGGAAUUUCCAUUUUUUACCUUGACGGCAUUUCCUCCUGGAUUCCUUGUACACGUUGGGGGUGUAGUUAGUGCACGUUCUGUGAAGCUUUUGGAUCGUAUCCACAAUCCUGCCUUUGUCGGAAUUAUGGGUAACACAAGAUCUUACAAACUGCUAGACUGGAAUAGUUUCAAUUCAGAUGAACCAGAAACUCGAGAUGCAUGGUGGGCAGAAAUCAGACAAGAAAUAAAAUCACAUGCUAAAGCAUUAGGCUGUCAUGCUGUAGUGGGCUACAGUGAAUCAACUAGCAUCUGUGAAGAGGUCUGCAUUUUAUCUGCAUCUGGCACAGCGGCUGUACUGAAUCCUAGAUUUCUGCAGGAUGGCACCGUGGAAGGCUGUUUGGAACAGAGGCUUGAAGAAAAUUUGCCUACACGUUGUGGAUUUUGCCAUAUACCAUAUGAUGAACUGAAUAUGCCAUUUCCGGCUCAUCUCACAUAUUGCUAUAACUGCAGGAAACAAAAAGUUCCUGAUGUUCUGUUUACAACUAUAGACCUCCCAACAGAUGCAACAGUUAUUGGAAAAGGUUGUCUUAUUCAAGCAAGGUUAUGUCGCUUAAAAAAGAAAGCACAGGCAGAAGCAAAUGCUACAGCUAUCAGUAAUCUCUUGCCAUUUAUGGAAUAUGAAGUGCAUACUCAGCUAAUGAAUAAACUAAAACUCAAAGGAAUGAAUGCUUUGUUUGGACUAAGAAUUCAGAUCACAGUGGGUGAAAAUAUGUUGAUGGGCUUAGCGUCUGCCACAGGUGUAUAUUUAGCAGCUUUACCAACUCCUGGUGGUAUUCAGAUUGCUGGGAAGACUCCUAAUGAUGGCUCAUAUGAACAACACAUCUCUCAUAUGCAGAAGAAGAUAAAUGACACAAUUGCUAAAAACAAAGAGUUAUAUGAAAUCAAUCCUCCAGAGAUAUCUGAAGAGAUUAUAGGAUCACCCAUCCCAGAACCUAGGCAACGCUCAAGACUUCUAAGAUCUCAAUCAGAAAGCUCGGAUGAAGUUACAGAAUUAGACCUUUCACAUGGGAAAAAAGAUGCUUUUGUUUUGGAGAUUGAUGACACAGAUGCCAUGGAAGAUGUCCAUUCUCUACUUACUGAUGUUCCUCCUCCUUCAGGAUUUUAUAGUUGUAAUACAGAAAUUAUGCCCGGUAUAAAUAAUUGGACAUCUGAAAUACAGAUGUUCACUUCAGUAAGAGUAAUCAGAUUAAGCAGCCUCAACCUGACUAAUCAAGCUCUCAAUAAGAACUUUAAUGAUCUCUGUGAAAAUUUGCUCAAGAGCCUGUACUUUAAACUACGAUCUAUGAUCCCCUGCUGCCUUUGCCAUGUAAAUUUUACAGUAUCUCUGCCUGAAGAUGAAUUAAUUCAGGUUACAGUCACAGCAGUCGCAAUAACUUUUGACAAAAAUCAGGCUUUACAAAGCACAAAAACCCCUGUUGAAAAGUCAUUGCAAAGAGCCUCUACAGAUAAUGAAGAACUUUUACAAUUUCCACUGGAACUAUGUUCAGAUUCACUUCCUUCUCAUCCUUUUCCACCAGCUAAAGAACACCUGGAGAGUGCAAGUUCUAACUCAGGUAUACCAGCUGCACAGAGAGCAACGUCAGUUGAUUACAGUUCCUUUGCAGACAGAUGCAGCAGCUGGAUAGAGCUCAUUAAACUGAAAGCUCAGACCAUAAGGCGUGGAUCAAUUAAGACAACCGUGACAGUUGAAAAAGCAAGUCCAGUGGGUGAUGGAAAUUUCCGGAAUCGUUCUGCUCCACCUUGUGCAAAUUCCACAGUUGGGGUUGUUAAGAUGACACCUCUUUCUUUUAUUCCUGGAGCAAAAAUAACUAAGUAUCUUGGGAUAAUUAACAUGUUUUUUAUUCGAGAGACUACUUCUCUUCGGGAGGAAGGAGGAGUCAGUGGUUUUCUCCAUGCUUUUAUUGCUGAAGUGUUUGCAAUGGUGAGAGCUCAUGUUGCUGCAUUAGGAGGGAAUGCUGUUGUCUCCUACAUAAUGAAGCAGUGUGUCUUCAUGGAGAAUCCAAAUAAAAACCAGGCGCAGUGUCUUAUAAAUGUAAGUGGUGACGCAGUGGUUUUUGUUCGUGAAUCUGACUUAGAAGUGGUGUCAUCUCAGCAACCUACUACCAACUGCCAGUCAUCAUGUACUGAAGGCGAAGUUACAACCUGAGGAAAAUUAGGAAAAAAGAGCUCAACUAAAUGAAAUUCAUCAAUCUCCGUUAUUUUGUCAUUAAUUAUCUUCUUAGACUUAAAAUUGAACUUGACAUAAGUAAGGAAGAAUUGAGUAGAUUUGAUUUGCCUGGAGUCUUUUGGAGGCAUGAGAAUUUUCUAAUCUUGACAUUUUGUUUGCCUGUUCUAGACAGGCCCUGUGGGGUCUUGACCCUUCAGUAAGUUAAGAUAAAUUUUUAAAAGAACUGUAGCAAAGAUGGAACCUUUGUAAUUUAUGUUGAUUUUAAUAAAAUCAUAAUUUAAAAAAUGAAAUGGGAAGAUUGUUAGGAAAUUAGGAUAGCUACUCUAGUGUAAUUUAGAAAAACUAAGCAAGAGAUUCUCCAGUUGUUAGCGAGUAAGCACUCUGAUUUGAGAAAUGUGUGGGGACAAUGGAGAAAAGUUUUCAGAAAACUACUAUGUAGAUUUCUGAAUGUGUUUUGUUUUGCUGAGGAAUUCGGUAACAACUGAAAGGGAAAAGUGCUUCAGCCAUCUUUUGAAAACAAGUUAAAAUUCUGGAACUUGUAUCUGUAAUGCAUCCUAACUCUUGUAAAAGAAAAUAAUUUAUCAUAGCUGGUGUCCUUUCAUUGAAAGUUUUAAUACUGUCUCUAAGGAGGGAGGAAAAGAUUAUUAUAUAAUUUUAUAACUGGCAACAUUUGAGUUAGUACUGACUUUGUCUAAAAGAGGCUUGACUUCAACCGAGAUAAAAAUGUCAGUGAAUUUUGUUAAAGUAGUAAAAAUACAGUUGACUUAGUAGGAACAUAAAAUUAUUUUCUAAUAAGAUAAUAUUUCACUCCUACCAAACAGGAUUUUAGUAAUAUCUGAGGGAUUGUUGAUGGUGAGUUAGACUGUAUUUGGCAUAGAAUUUGGAAAUGUAACUUGAAUGUAAAUAUGCUGCAAAAUGUUGAAUGUAUACAUAGAAAGACUUUCUCUGUCGACGCCAAAUGCCCGUUGUAAAUGAACCUUAAAUAUUACAUUCCUCCUUUGCACAAUAAUAUUUCUUUAUAACACUUAUGAUUUUUUUCCCCAAGGACAACAAACUGCCCUUAAGAGUCAUUUCCUUGUUAUCACAGGUGUCAAUAUUUUUCUGUAUUUUGUUUAUAAUUUUAUUUUUUAAAUAAAAAGUUUAUAAAAAUAAA